UUUCCUGGGGAGAGGCAGGCAGGAAAGAAUAAGACUUGGAGCUUGGGGAGGGGGGUCGGAAAGGGGCCGAAGGGAUGUACAGCCCCUGACCGUGGGCUUGAAGGCUGCCCAGGCGCCUGCUCUGCCCACCCCCUUCUCCUACCCCCAGUCAGAUUCUUCCUGCACCCCCAUCUAGCUCAGAAAUGCCUCUCCCGUGGACCUCCUGGAUGUAAGUCCCUGGUCCAGAGGCCUGUCCGCCAUAGGGCACUAAAUAGGUCUUGUCCUCUGCCCUGCCCAUAUAUCCGUGGAGGCUGGAAUCUUGCUUUUCCAUGCCCUCAGUCAACGUCUAUUUUAUAUCCGAAAUAUCGGACAUAGGUAUCACAUGAGGGUCAGACACAGGGAUGUAGAGCAGUCUGCCAGGCCAUUGUGUCUGGUUACACACACACACACACACACACACGUUGGAAAUGACCUUGUUGCUACUCUGGGGUCGCUGGCAUGGUGAGGAGGUCUACUCAGCCACUGUGGCUCCUCACCUUCAGGCUCACCCCAGAGUCCCCAGUACUCUCAGCCUCAUGACCCCACCCCACCCCCAUCUAGUUCUGCCCACCCAGGAUCACUUCUCCUGGGCAUCCUGUCUACCUCUCCAGAGGCUUGGUUCACUUUUCCAUGCUGACAAGCAACUUCCCAGCAAUAGCAGUGCUUGAGGACAUCCAAGGAGAGGGACCUCCAACCUGAGAUAAGCCCCCUCUACAUCCAACCUGGGCAGGCCCCCUCCCCCACUUAAGUCCCCUUCCCUCAGCCAUUUUUGAAGAUUGGAAGGCCCUGGGGUUGAAGAGGACAGGUCUAUCAGUAACCCCCCCCCCCAAAAAAAAAAAACCUCAGGGCAUCCUAAACGAGGGCUCCUCUUCCCUUAAAAAUUAAAUACAAUUUCAAAGGCCAUUUCAGGGGUUUGUUGCAGCAACAACCAGCAUCUCCUCUACGGGGUAGAAAAUCCAUCCGUCUGAAAAGGCGAGCCGGCGCGCCAAGCUGCAAUUUCUCCAAGUGGGCACCAGGUGUCGCUGUGGGCUCGUUGUCCCGGCUACCCCCAAUUCAAAAGAACCAUUUUUUUUCCCUCCCCCUUCUCUCUGUUUCCCUCAUUCCCUCUCCCCUUUGGUUAGGCUUUGCCAACAUAUCAAGAUGCGUUUCGCCGGCUUCCAUCACUAACCUCCCGGAGGUCAUCAAACCAAAUUUAUGAGUGGCCGCCGGAGUCACGUGACUCUAUUUAAGGCUCCCUUAUUUGGGAAGAGCGCAUAGGAUAAAGAAAGAGAUAUCUCCACCUAUAAAUUGUGCACUUUGGAGAACAAAAACCCCCUCAACUUCAAAGAGUCACAAAUCACCCUUCAUCAAAAAGGGUGCAGAAAUUUUUUUUGGGCCCUCCCCGCCAUGAGCUCCUACGUAGCCAAUUCAUUCUAUAAGCAGAGCCCCAAUAUCCCUGCCUAUAACAUGCAAACUUGUGGGAACUAUGGAUCGGCCUCAGAGGUGCAGGCACCCAGGUACUGCUACGGCGGAUUGGACUUAAGCAUCACUUUCCCACCGCCUGCGCCUUCCAACUCUCUCCACGGGGUAGACAUGGCUGCCAACCCGCGGGCGCACCCCGACCGCCCCGCCUGCAGCGCCGCGGCCGCUCCGGGACACGCUCUGGGCAGAGACGAAGCGGCUCCUCUGAACCCCGGGAUGUACAGUCAGAAGGCGGCUCGCCCGGCGCCGGAGGAGCGAGCUAAGAGCAGUGGGGAGAUCAAAGAGGAGCAGGCGCAGACAGGGCAGCCCGCCGGACUGAGCCAGCCACCGGCCCCGCCACAGAUUUACCCGUGGAUGACCAAACUGCACAUGAGCCACGAGACAGACGGCAAGCGGUCCCGAACCAGCUACACGCGCUACCAGACUCUGGAACUGGAAAAAGAAUUCCACUUUAACCGCUACCUCACCCGCCGCAGGCGCAUAGAGAUCGCCAACAACUUGUGUCUCAACGAGAGACAGAUCAAGAUCUGGUUCCAGAACCGCAGGAUGAAGUGGAAGAAAGAUUCCAAAAUGAAAAGCAAAGAGGCUCUUUAGGAGGCGAGCGGGGAGGCCCGGCAGGCGCACCCUGAGCUCCUUUCACCCCCCUCGCCUUUGCCUUUCCUUCUCGGUUUUCCUCUCUCUGUUUUAGGGCCAGGGCGGUGGCAGGGGGACCGCUCCCAGGCCUCAAAGACAAAAACGCUCUCCCCGGCUUUCCCCGUCUCCACCUACCCCCGGUUCCCGCGGGGCUGGCCAUGCUGUGCUGAUUCCCCUCAGUUCUGCUCAGCCCUGGGGCGCCCCGGGCCAGCUCCGUGGGGUUCCAGGGGCUUUACUUGGGCUGCCCAGGCUGGCGCGCCCCGACCGACCGGCCUGGGCCGCCUCUCAAGGCUCCCAGCCCCAGCCAGACCCACCAGAGCUAAGGUGGGCCGUGUGGUCGCUGCAGGCCGGGCGCCCCGACCCUCCAAGCCUGGCUCUCUCCUUUGUUUCCCGGUUUAGGCUGGCCAGGCCGCUUCGAUCUGGCGAGAGAGAGUGGUUGUGCCUGGGGGAGCCUGGCGCCAGAUUUGGGGUGCCUCGUGGUAGUGACUUACACUCAAGUUGUUCUUUUAAAAAUAAUUUGCAUCAUAAAAGGGGAGCCGAUGGAAGUCUGCCUGGGGCUCCUUGGGUUGUCCUCUGCUCUCUAAACCUUUCUCCCAACCCCAAACCCGGGAACCUCUCCAGCCUGCGCCCUCUGCAUGCCUUCAGGCCCCCAGCCUCAGACCACUAGCUAGCUCAAAUAGUGAGGUUCCCUGCCACGGACCCCAGCAGCGGUCCGAGAGGCUCCUGGCUGCUAGCAUCCUUGCUGCGACUUUCUGUGCCCGCCUGCCCCAUCGCUGUCGUACGACUAUUUAUUGACUCCAGGUCUUUCCUGAAACUAUAUUUUGUCAUAUUAAAUAAAGACAAAGAGAGAACAGGACUAAAAACAUGCAGUGGCUCCUCUCUGUUUGGGGCACGUAUUGGGCAAAAAUGUCUAAAUGGGCUGUGAGGUGCAGGGGGAGGCCCACGGCCUUCAAACCUCCCCUUUAAAGGAGUUUUUAGGAGCUUCUUGGGCUCGUGAGACAAGGCAGGUGAACUGAGCUCCCGUCCUGACCCCUGGCCCCAAGAAGGGCCUAGGGGAAGGGGAGGACCCGGUGCCUGUCCUAUGCUGUGGCCAUCCAAGGCAUUUAGGCACCCCCUUCCCUCCUUGGCUGGGUGGAUCUGGGGCCUCUAGACUGGCAGCGGCCCUCACUGCAGGCCAGAACGGAUCUGCAGGGACUGGUGGCCCUGUGGUACUCACACUCGGCCCCCUGAAGAUCUCUCCGGGGUUAAGGGGUCCCCCGGGGGCCUAGGUGGACAUAGAGACAGAGGGCUGAGCCUAGGGUCCCAUUUGGUCUCAGAAGGAUCCCCAGAUUGGGUGCUGCUUGGUAAAGGGGUACUGGGGAAGUUGGAGGAGGUGUGUGUCAGCUCUCUCAGAAACUGGCCGAGGGGGAGGAGGGAGGGCAGUCAGCAGGGUGUCCCUGCCUGGCAGGGAUCUUCAGACUGUCUCCCCACCUUCUAGGGCCUAGGGCUAUGCAGGACAAUUAACUGGAAAGGAGCUGCGUAGACCAGUGCCUGAGUUUCAUCUGUUUGCCAUCAUUUAUCUCUGCUGGCUGGGAUUUUGUGUAGGGGGGGGUUAGGCAAAAGAGAAGGGGGAAAGGCAGAUAAUUCAGGUGGUGCCUGCGACUGGCUUAGGCCCACGCUCUGCUCUGAUUGAGACUCUUGGGAUGGGAAGGGGGAGGAAGUACUUUAUAGGAGAAACAAAUGUGGGAAGGGUCCAUAAAACUUUACUGCGUUUCCUCUCCCGCCUCCCACAAUGGGGUGAUUUCCUGGAGCCAAGCCUAGGCCCCCCACACUGGGUGGUGGUGUGGGGGGAGGAGAGGGGUUCAGGAGCUGGGCUAGAAGGUUUCUCCAGCAGCCAAGAGGGAAAGGGAGCAGGGAGGCUCUGGGGAGGGGUGAGGGGAAUAUUUAUGAUUAUUAAUGCUGAUGCUCCUUGGAUUUAUUAUAAGGACUGACUUCUCUGCAUCCUAUUGCCUAAGCCACCUGUCAUUUUUUUAAAAGACCCAAGAGCCUUUCCUCAGGCCAUGUCAGCAAGUAGGAGGUCCCACCAAAUGUUUAUUGAGGGGCACCCAUUGCUGCACCCUUCUUCACCCUGCACUCACUCAGGACACACUAGGCCUCCAGAGGUGUCUCUCCGCCACGGCACACAGCAGACAGCCCAGCGCCAGCUUGCCUUCUGCUCGCGCUCUCUCUCUCUCUCUCUCUCUCUCUCUCUCUCUCUCUCUCUCUCUCUCUGUCUCUCUCCUCCCUCCCUCACUUUCUCAAAUAAAAUGUGUAAUUUUUCGUCAGGGAGUUACUUUAAUUUUUCCUCCAUGCUGAGUAAAACUAUUGGGGGAGCAGUGAAGCAUGGAGAAGCACUGACGCUACCAGUGGGUAACCGUUAACUAAGGAAGAGGCCCUGUCCCUGCCUUCACCUGCCCCAGCCUCCCUGCCUGCCGAGACCCCGGGCUCCCUCCUCAGGGGAUGCACCGCCUCAGGGGGAGAACCACAGGCUCUGCCAGGGGUGGGGGCAAAGCUGCUCAGACCCGCUGGGCAGGCGCUCCAGCCCCAGCUUGCACGGACUGCCUCCUCCCCGAAGGAAGGGUCUGGGCCUCUCUUUCUCGGGAAGAGCUGGGCAGGCGUGGGGAGGUGCAGCCAUGCCUGCCCGGGCCCCCUCCUGUCACAGUCCGCAGGUCUGCGCCCAGGCCCCGGCCUCUGCUUCAGCAGCAUCAGCAGCCACAGCCCUGCGCUGGGAGUGGGGACAGCCCAGGCCCUUGCUUUUCGCCCUAAACAGAGGCUUCUGCUUUGCAGUCUGAGGUGGGUCCCCCACCGGCCAGCCCCCUGGAACAAUCUCCACGGACCAGGGUUUACUCGCUCUGGGGUAGUUCGAGGAGGGGCGCCUGGGUCCCAAACAGAGACAAUGGAGCCUGCCUCUUCCCUUUGCCCUGAAACCCACCCCCUCUGUCAUUCUCGAGAAAGAAGGGGAAGAAGCGUGACUUACCUUCCCGGGGGAGUGGGGAGAGGGGGAUACGGCCCACUCUGAGCAAUUAGAGGAGAGAGGAGGAAAAAAAUAGGAGGAAAAAAAUAUCAACACGACCUCGAAGGCGACAGGUCCUUAUGGAAAUAAGUAAGUAAAUAAAUAAGGAUCCACCCUCUCCCCCCUCCCCACCCUACAAGGGGGGGUGUGGGGGUGGGGCAGAGGAGCAGCACGAGGUCUUUUUGGUGUAACUGAGCAUUAGAGAAACACCCACGGCUUCUAUGUGAAUUUAGGAGUUUGAAACUUUUGGAGGUUAUUUAUGUGAAUGGCCCGAAGGCAAGCCCGUGAGUGGCUCUUGGGGGACCACGUGAUGUCAUUAAACCAAGUUUUAUGGUGUAGGGAGAGCUGACAAACCCACAAUAUAUUUACAUCAUAUAUAAUCUUAACUGUCCAGCCACGCAGCUGCUGGUAGGUUUAAUGCUAGGACAGAGGGCCUGGCAGUUAGAGGGGAUUACGGCGCUGGGGAUGAUGGUGAGAGAGGUUACUUCUUCGCAAAUGAAUCCCAGGCGAAUGCUGUAAGUUAAUUUUCUCUCGCUGACCCUUUCUCCCGGUUACCUAAUCUUCCCACUUCGUGAGAGAAGGCCGUCCCUGCUCAUUAAGGGGAAGGGAAGAGGGCCUUCCCAGGAGAAGAGAAGCCGCUGGGAGGUAGGAGGAUGGGGAGCCUUUCGCCCCAGACUAGCCCUCUUCUCCCUGCCCUUGUUCCCUCCAGUGAGGAGUCAACUGGGGUAAAGAGAGGCCUGGGCUCUUCAGAGCUCUGCCAGGUCUCCCUGACCCCCUCUCCCUCCUCAGUGGGGAAGAAAGACAGCGGCCAGCCACCUCUGGGUGUUUGGUGGGUGUUUGCAGGAGUGUGGGAACUGUAGGUGCAGGCGCAAAAAUGCGUCUGGUCCAGGGAAGGGCCAGUGUGGCCCUUGGCCAGUGGCCCAGCGUCCAGGCUGGGUGGGCAGCUGGGGAAGGAGGGCUUCGGGGCUUUUGAACCCACGGGCUUUGAGCUGAAAUGGCAGAAGCAUCUUAAAGGGGGGCCAACUGAACCGCAGGGCUCCUCACGCACCCCCUCCUUCAUCAGUAAGCCUGGGUGGGCAGCUGUCUCAGCGUCAGGGGGUUUGGGGUUCUAGUCUGUCUGUGGCCAGUGUGGUCUCACGCCUCCCCCCCCCUCUAGCUGCUGGGGUCUUUCCUGGCACCCCAGCCCCUGCCAUCCGUGAAACUGGGCCUGGAAGGUCUAGAAGUGACUGCUAUGAGCAGAGCAUAAGUGGGUGGGGGAAUGGAGGCAACUGUCUUUAUGAGCUGGCCGAGCAAGGCCUCAGCCCUCAGGAGGGAUGGGCUCUGGCGGAUGGGGCCUGGCGCCCUGGCCCAGUCUCAGGCUGGGCUCCCUUCGGGUUUGUAGGAAGGAGCAGCACGUGUCCCCGCACCUGUGAGUGGUACCCCACCCCCGCGUCACCCGGAGCUGAGCCAGAGAAGCGGCAACACGUGAACUCGGGCUCCUGGAAGGGCCCCACCGGAGUCUCCAGGGAUUCCGAAGCAGGGGGAAGGCGGCCCCAAGGAGGGCAACUUGGGAAAGAGGAGAGGGAAGAGGGGCGAGCCAGGUCUACACCUUUCCAGAAUAGUGGGGGACUGCCUGGGAGAAUGAGGGGGUCUAGGCACCGCUUUGUGAAGAGGUGCAUUUGGGGAACGGGGAGAGGAGGCUGCGAGCUUGCCCCCUACUGCCCUAGAGACUGAGGAAGAAGCAGGGAUGAAGCAGCCACAGGGAGCCCAGGCAGCCUCUGGAACGGUGAAGGGGGACAAGACCCAAAUGCAGCGUGUCUGAGCUGGAGCCCAGCCCCCACCCUGGCAGUCGGUGGUUGGUGUGAGGACCGCAGGCGCUGGGACUGGGGAAAUCCUAUGCCUCCCCUGCCGCCUCGGUUGGUUUCUAGGUUAGCCUCGGCCUCCCCACCCUCCUCCCUAGUUCUUUAUUUCCUGGGGGGCGUCGGGGGCAUUCGGAUCCCCGAGGAUUCCCCUCAGCAGCCCAUUUGAAAAGUUAGCUCUCAGGUUCUCCCUUCCUCACUUCUGGCCCUCCUCCACUCCCCCUCCCCACCAGUCUGUGCUUUUGAGGGUUUCUGAAAACUUUCCAUCCAGGCAGUGGAGAGAUGAGAGUUUGCCUUGGUCUAUCAUUCUUCCCCUCAAUCCGGCCUUCUCAAGGCCUUAAGAAGCGAGUCUCGUGGUCUUUAAUCAAGAUUUGAGCCGGGCAAAGACACGCACCCUGGCCCGACUCUCAGCCUCCCCGACUCCUGGCCAAAUCUCUUCCAUUCCCUCGGCUCCGUGUGGGGCCGUGUACUCGGGUUAUACAGCGUCUUUUAGGGGGCUAUGACUUCCUUGUCCCGUUUUCUGUUUCUUAAUCUCAAAAAUGUCCCUCCUUAUUAUCCCAAUAAUAAUAGACCGUCCUUCCCCUCCAAUAAUUUACCUGGGCCAGUUUUUUUGUUUGUUUGUUUUUUGUUUUUGCUGUUUUGUAGUGGGGAUGAAUGGAAGUAGGACUAAUACAAACCGGGCAUGAGGUUCUUGGUUUUCCCACCCCCAACUUCGUGCUCGAAUUGAAGGGGUCCACUGGAGAAGGGGGUGGGGGGGCAGCAAUCAGGUGCCCCAGCCAACCCGGAAAGCUUUGAAUUUCGUUCCUAGGUCUUUAACCCUAGAAGGGUCAAGCAACCAAUCAGGAAUGCUCUAAGUAGGGUCACAUGGCCCUUGCCAACCAAUCAGCCCAAAGUACUUGGGUCUCUUGUCUGGCCUCACCCUACCUCCACCUCCACUCCCUCCCUCCCCACCUCUCCCUAUAGCUCCUGUGUUAGCCCUAUUUGAGGUGGGGAGUGGGGCACACUGCUGAGACUAUUCUAGCCUCUGUCCCUGAACCAGCUGUGGAGAGCCCUUGGCGUCUAUUCUAACGAAGUUGUACCUGGAGGUCAAUCUCAAUUGUGCAGGGAUCAGAAGUUGUGAGGGUGUCCUCUGGAUUACUCCCAUCUUGGCCUGUGUGGUCCUACCCAAUUCUCUAGGUUUUAUAGAUGUGGGCUCUAGAUUAGGCUGUGCAGCAGGUGUGGAUAUGAGCUCGAACCCUGAAUUCAAGUUCUGAGUAUGGUUAUUCCCUAUGUACUCACCUCGUACAAGUUAUCAUUUCCUUCCAAUCUUCUUGGGGGCAGGUGUGAUGAUUAGAAGAGGCCUCUUUUGAUUUGUGUUUCUGGAAAUGUUCCAGGAGUCAUUAGCUUUAUCUACAGGAUGAUCCUGUGUCCUGGUCAAAGGACACAGUCACUGAAGGUGUGGAUUUCAAUGUUUGUGUAUACAUGAGUCAGUCAGAACAAGCCAUAGGUGGAGAAACUAUUUCCGAGCGAGGGCAUUUGAUGACACAGAGAGUGUGCAUGUAUGACAGAAGUGUGUGUUCCCUAAACAUUUGGGGCUGGGCCCUGACCCAGCCACCUCAUGAGUGCAGACCAGGUACUCCUCAUGCCCCACUCCUCUCCAGGACUUUGUUCCAGCGUUAAUUUUUCUGGUUGAAUUCUCCACCUCUCCCCUUCUUCUGAUCUCUGGUCCUCUUGAGCUGACCGAGGGGAGGGAGUUCUGAUGGGCUGUGCCCCUGGGAACUCUAAGCCCUCCUCUGAGGAGCCUCAGGGGUGCAGGAUAGGAGGGGUAACCCAGUGUGAGCUGGGCUUUGUCAGCACCCUCCUGUUUGUUUGUCUUCUGGGUAGGGCUGAUGCCACAGGUGGGAAGGAUUAGAAAGAGAAGCCAGAGGGAAGGCAGCUCUUCUGGAAACUAUUGAGCCCUCACUCUCCACAUCACCUUCAUCAUACUGCUCCAUUGACUCUUUCAUGGGUUCGGAAUGAAAGCACACACAUUCUUUUUCCCUGGUAGAUGGUGUGGUAGUCUUGCCUGAGACCAACCCUCACCUCCAGUGUGGAUUUCUCACACUAGAGUUUCCAGAUCCCAUAAAGCUGGGGAAAGACAAGGGGGUCUUGGUUGUCUAAGCAGGCACUGGGAAGAGAGAUUUUAUUGCUUAUUCCCUCCUAAUAUCCAUGUAAACUUUUUAUUUCUCUUUGACUCUCCCUCUCUGUGUGUAGUUGCUUUGGGCUGGGUUUCAAUUCUGUAUUUUCUUUUGCUGAGGAGACAAGCACCACUCUGAGCCUCCUCCUCAGUGGGUCUGGAGACCUUGGAGCCCUUUGAGGUGGAAAAGGGGGGAAAUCAGGACCCCAAGUUAGUGGUCUUUGAGUUAGAGAUUCAAUAUAAGGAAGAAAUGAAGCUGCUAGAGGGCCAAGAAAAUCACACCCCCCUUUAAUGGGUCCUGGUAACCCAGAAUGGUGUGUCUGUUCUAAUAAUAUCUCCUUAAUGGGCUUUGAUGGGGCCCCAGGAGCCAAAGGAAUUUGGAAGGCUGAACUGGGAUGAUAGAGAUCUCUUGGCCCAUGAGUCCUGCAGAACCCUGGAAUUUAUCUCCCUCUCCCAUUCCUAAGGCUCACUAAAAGGGCAAAAGGGAACAGCAACACCCAGGAGAAAUCACUGUGUAGGGGGACCAGGGGAUAAGAUUUGGGACUUGGGGAAGUUACACUAGGUAAUCCAGCACCUUGUUCAUUCUCUGAUGGCCAGGCCUUAGAAGCUACAAUGAGAGGCUCUGGGCAUGCUGGGGAGCCAGUGCAGGUGGAGGCUACUUCUUCACACCUGAUAAAAGUACAGAGAUGUUUCUCCCACCAUCUGGAGCCCUGCAUGGGCGCGAUGGAAUGUGUAGGCUCAGUUCCCUCGGAUCCUUCAGUACUGUGCACGCCACAGCUCUCAGAGGGGUAGAGAAAACCAGGUCUUCCCUAGAAAGAUCCCUGUUUCUCCCAGUCCCUAGCCCCAAACACCACACAUGAAGAGGAAGUAUAUACAGAAGUAUAUUCAGUGAACACACAGAAGUAUAUACAUGUGCCCAAGGAUGGUAUGAAAGAGGGCAUCUGAGGUUUUGCUUUGUAAAUCACUCUCCCCCAAUCUGGCCAGGUCUGAAGACAGUAAACCAGUCUUGAGCCAACUUCCAAGUCCUUGCCCUGCCCCAUUCUUCCCACCCACCCAGCCUGGAGACCAUUUGUCCUGCCCUCCCCACCUCUGCCCUCAAGCCCUGGGCAACUGUCCAGUUUCCUUCCUUCUUCCUCUCUGGAAAACCAAACCCUGGAGCAGCCCCCAGAGAUGGUGGCAGCCAGGCUCUUGGUGACCGUUAGUCUUCUGUUGGCCUGUGGGUUGUGGAGAGUUGGAAGAUAAUAAGGGACUAUGAAGCCAGACCCUCAUCUGAUCAAAUCACCCUUACUCUCUGCUCCAGGCUCAAAUUCCAAAUCUCUCAUGGCUGAUUUUUUUGCUCCUGCAGUAGAAAAAAAUCUAGUAAAUACUUUUUUUAAAAGUCACCUAGAAAGCCCAGUGUGUGUGUGUGUGUGUGUGUGUGUGUGUGUGUGUGUGAAGUAAGUAAGGGUCAGGUCUCAUUUUAGAUUUUGUCUCUCCCCCUCCUCUGGAUAGAGGGUGAAGGCGUGGGCCUGGGUUUUAUUGAGGGUGCUUUUCCUGUUGGGAGUAGAGACUGGGUCAUAAAAGCCUAGAGGAGCUGUUUUGAUCUGGUGACUUCUCAGGAAGUAGCAUCUGAAGUUUUGCUUUGUAAAUCACUCUCCCCCAAUCUGGCCAGCAAGAUUGGAUUGCACUUCCCCAAGCCCACCCGGGGCCCCUCUAUACCUCCCUUUCCCCAGUAAACCAAAGAAGGAAACUGAAAGGGAAUCCAUGGCUCCCAAAAAUUUCCACCUCCAAUAAGAAAAGAGCUUAUUGGAGAUUCCCCUCCUCAAAAUUCCAGAUUUAAAAAGCAGCCGAGGGACCUUUCAUUUUCUUUUGUCCACACAGACCUUGUUCCCCCAACCCCUCAACUAAAAAGGAACCAACAUCCAAGCAAUCAGCUUCUGAGCCUGGUGGUAGAUACCAUGACUCCUCGGGGCUCUGCUCUCCCUGUGACCCCUUGCCUAAGCCCCAAACUCCUUCUUGACAAGGUGGAACAAGGUGUUCAGGGGAGAACUUACGAAGAGGGGAUGGGAGUGAAGCAUACAGAAGUCCCCAGCUAGCACCAUAUGAAUGGAGGAAAUUCUGCAGUGCUGUGGAGCCUGGUUUUAUGUAAUUAAGAUGGGUGCAGGGGUGUGUGUGAAAGCUCACAGCCUUCCUAUUUCUCUCUAACCCAGUUCUCUGCAGACAAAAUCAUAUUUUACCUGCAUGGCUCCAUUCUGUAAUGUUAAUGACCCUUCCUCUCCUAAAGACACCACAAUUUCCCAUGGGUCUCCCCUGAGCCUGGAGCUAAGGAGCUGAAGGGAAAAGAAGUAAAGAGUCCUCUACCUCCGUCUCAGUUUGGGCUCAGUAAAUCAGGACGUGUUCAGGCCCAGCCAUCAGGGCUCCUAGCCACGGCCAGAGAAAUGUCUCCACGCUGGGAAUGAGGCCAUAGAUUACCUGAGUGCCUGGGCUCUCAUAGCACUCGCAUAGGCUCUAGUGAACCCUUGUUUAUUUCCCGAGAACUCUGGGCCCGGGCAUCCCAAACUCACAAGCAUUAGAGAAUUGCCCUCAUUCCUAGGACUCCAAAAAAAAAACUCAAAAAAAAAAAAAAUCCAGGUGUCUUUACAGGGAGCUGAACAAUCCUAUAGCUGCACACGUGAAAAUGUAUUUAUAGACCGUUCUAUGUCUCUAUAACAGGAUGUAUGUUUUACAUCGCUCUCUAUUCCACAUUUAAAUAUAGAUUUAUAGAUCUCUAGAUUUAUAGAUCCACAGUGAACAUAACAGUCCUCUGUCGAAUUCCUGCGUGCACAUUACCAAUCCUUCUAUAGUGUUGGAUGUAUAUGCUAGGAUGUAUUGGUACAGCUCUCUCUCUCUCUAAACAUCUAGAUGAAUAUUUGGUGUGGUUUUUUUUUUUCUCUCACUUGGAAAGAACUAUAGAUAUGUUGCUCAAUCUCUAUUUUGAAAAAUUUAUCUUGAUUUAUGUAAAGGUCCCAACUCAUAAAACAGCUAUUUAUUGAAGCAGAAUAUUUGGAGAUAUUUGUAGUCUUUGCAGAAACUUAAAUAUUAGAACAUAUGUUUAGAGAUGGCUUCAUAAUGUACACAUCUACAUGUAGGAGCACAGCUCUCUGUCUGGAAGGAUUGAAAUGUGCUGUCUCUCUAUCUCUGUGAUCAAUAAAGAGUGGGAUAGGGAACCAAUACCUUUUGGACAUUUUGCUUAUUAAAGCAAGUGAUUCUGUUGCUAUUUCCAAGGCUACCUUCACAUCUAGUCCCACGGAAUUACCUGUCCCCUGAAAACCCACUCGAGGGACCACAGCCUCUGUCCAGACUGGCCCUGUGACCUGCAGUUCCAGCCCAGGCCCCCAACCUGCAGCAGCUCCUCGGAGAGCCGGGAAGGAGCAGGGCGCUGGAGAAAGGGAAGAGUCCCGCAGCCCGGUCCCUCCUGGCUCCCAGGGUGAAGCUGACAGAGGCAGGAGUCCCCCCACUCCACCCACUGGGCCUUUGACAUUGGGGGAAAGGGUGUUCCAGCCCCUAGCUAUUUUUGUAGGGUGCCCAAAUGGUGCCAAGGCCACUGCCCAACCCAUAGGUGCCUCAUCCCCAAUUGUUCUGGGUGCCCAGGGCCCAAUUAAGCAGCCGCCUCGCUCCCGGGCAGCCGCACUCUUAUCGGCGGGAUUGAUGCCUCAGCGGCUCCUGUAUAUCAUUUCCAAGAUUUUUUCUGUCCAACUCCUCGGCUCCUUUGGCUUCUGCGGCUUUGACUAAUGAUUGCUACAGAUGCCAACGUCUCCAGAAUCCUAAUAGCCAGGCGGGCGGACUCUUAUUUACCCAGCAACAUUGCUGCUGGGGAGGGAGGUUGGGGGACCAGAGGUUGGGGUGCUGUAGGUGGGGAUGGGGUAAAGGGGGUGCAGGGAGAAGAUUGCGACCCACUCAAGUUUCCCUGAACUUCUUCCCCAGUGAGAAAGCCAUUCCCAACUCCCUCCGCUCCCCGAGGGGGGAAAUGUAAUCAUAAAACACUGCUAAUAGUAAGUCAUCUCGCCCUCUUGGAAGGGAUCAAAGGAUGAGCAGACCGUGGGAGAGUCAUCAGAGGGGUGUUUAUUAGUUGUAAAUAGACGAGACAUUAAGCGGAACACCAGCGGUUUGGGGAGGA